CUUCGAGUAGGCUGCGCACCGCUCAGGACUGAGCGGGUCGACUCGGGCGCCGCUGGGCUGGCCGGAGAGCGCGGAGGAGCCAUGGCUACCAACGGGGCCGUGGAGAACGGGCAGCCGGACAAGAAGCCGCCAGGCCUGCCGUGCCCCAUCAGAAACCUGGAGGUCAAGUUCACCAAGAUAUUCAUCAACAACGAAUGGCAUGACUCCAAGAGUGGAAAAAAGUUUGCCACGUACAACCCUUCGACUCUAGAGCAAAUAUGCGAAGUGGAGGAAGGCGAUAAGGCCGACGUGGACAAGGCCGUGGAGGCCGCCCAUGCCGCCUUCCAGAGGGGCUCGCCGUGGCGCCAGCUGGAUGCCCUGAGCCGGGGCCGGCUGCUGCACCAGCUGGCCGACCUUGUGGAGCGGGACCGCGUCAUCCUGGCGACCCUGGAGACGAUGGACACAGGGAAGCCGUUCCUUCACGCCUUCUUCAUCGACCUGGAGGGCUGUAUCAAGACCCUCAGAUACUUCGCCGGGUGGGCGGACAAAGUGCAGGGCAGGACCAUCCCCACAGAUGAGAAUGUGGUGUGCUUCACCAGGCACGAGCCCGUGGGCGUGUGUGCGGCCAUCACUCCCUGGAACUUCCCCCUGCUCAUGCUGGUGUGGAAGCUGGCGCCCUCCCUGUGCUGUGGGAACACGAUCGUCAUCAAGCCCGCCGAACAGACACCCCUCACCGCCCUUUAUCUCGGCUCUCUGAUCAAAGAGGUCGGGUUCCCUCCGGGCGUGGUGAACAUCGUGCCGGGUUUCGGGCCCACAGUGGGAGCCGCCAUCUCGUCUCACCCUCAGAUCAACAAGAUCGCCUUCACCGGCUCCAUAGAGGUUGGAAAGCUGGUGAAAGAAGCCGCUUCCCGGAGCAACCUGAAGAGGGUGACCCUGGAGCUCGGGGGGAAGAACCCCUGCAUUGUGUGUGCCGAUGCCGACUUGGAGUUGGCCGUGGAGUGCGCCCACCAGGGAGUGUUCUUCAACCAAGGCCAGUGCUGCACAGCCGCCUCCCGGGUGUUCGUGGAGGAGCAGGUCUACCCGGAGUUCGUCCGGAGGAGCGUGGAGUACGCCAAGAAACGGUCCGUCGGAGACCCCUUCGACGCCCGGACGGAGCAGGGGCCCCAGAUUGACCAAACCCAGUUCGACAAGAUCCUGGAUCUGAUCGAGAGCGGGAAGAAGGAGGGAGCCAAGCUGGAAUGUGGGGGCUCGGCCAUGGAAGACAGGGGACUCUACAUCAAGCCCACCGUGUUCUCAGAAGUCACCGACACCAUGCGGAUUGCCAGAGAGGAGAUUUUCGGGCCGGUGCAGCCGAUUCUGAAGUUCAAAACCAUUGAAGAAGUGAUCCAAAGAGCGAACAGCCUGGAAUACGGGCUCACGGCAGCCGUGUUCACCAAAAACCUCGACAAAGCCCUAAAGCUGGCCUCCGCCUUGGAGUCCGGCACUGUCUGGAUCAACUGCUACAAUGCCCUCUACGCGCAGGCUCCGUUCGGUGGCUUUAAAAUGUCGGGAAAUGGCAGAGAAUUAGGUGAAUACGCGCUGGCCGAAUACACCGAAGUAAAAACCGUCACCAUCAAACUGGACCCCAAGAACCCCUGAGGGAAGGGCGGGCUCUUUCCUCCGACAUCUGACAGCUGAAUGUGGCCCAUCACACCUGCCGAAGAAAAAGUGCUAUUCCUGACCUUCCUGGCCCACUUUCUUCCGGAGACCUUUCCACUGGACGGGGACGAUUUUUUUUUCCUCUAGCACAUUCCUGUUGGGGGUGCAGUUGCAGCCCUGCCUGGGGGUCGGGGGGGGCGCUGUUGGGUAUUUCCCUCUUCCCCUUUCAACCACAUCCCCUGAGACAGUGAUGGGGCUCGGGGGCGCUGCCAACAGGAAGUGGUAUUUGAAGUAUCCAGCAGUCACUUAAAAAUGCUCUACCGACUCUUCUUAGGGAAAAAUUAGGAGAAACCUCCCUGUAUGCUCUAAAAAACAGGGCCCUGUACCUGCAGGUCUUCGGGGGUCAUCUGCCCUCAGAACAAGCCCCUCCUUCCAUUUAGUUCCGAAAAGGAAUGGCACUAAGUUAAAAAACAAACAAACGAGCAAACAAACGAACAGAAUUGCAAGGAUCCCAUAUGGGGCGCUGUGGGGAAGCAAGUACCGCGGAAGGUUACUGAAAGUCUUGGGUGAGAACGAGGUGGGUGUACCGGGACUACACCUUGGCACUGACCUUGGGACUCAGCUUAAAACCAACACGGCCUUUGGAACUUGACCGGACGACCAGCCCAAAGGGCUUAUCUAAAACGAUGUCCGUGUCUACCUUAACCAAGGCACAUUCUCAGGCAGAGAGCAUCGCUAGCGUCCCUCACUGUCACCGCUAAGCACCCAACGCUCUGAGACUUAAAACAGCAGAGCAAAUACUAGGAUAAUUAAGUCCCGCAUUUCACAAACCAGAGCUGUAAUUCGCUUUUGCAAACUAUGCGUUUCUACCAGUUGGAUUCAUGGAUGAUAAACCUGGGUCGUUCUUCGUGUUUCCAGCGGUGAUUUUAGAUCAGUAAAACAUAGAGGUUACCACGGCUGCUGUUAUACUACAGCCCUGGUUUCUUCAAGUCCUAUCUUGAUAUAAAUUCAUGAUUAAUCAGCAUAGAACACCCAGACUCCUCAGGGGAACUGGAUUUCCUACUAAAGCGGUCUGAUUUCUGCCCUAACAGGUUGUGAGUUUCUCAGUUCCUCUCUGGGCAAUUACAGCUUUAACUUGGAAAACGGAAGGUGGUCCCAGUGUGGCUUUCAGAAAACAAAACCAGACUUCAAUUGGAUUCUCUUAAGAACCAAAAGCAAACUUUUUUUGGCUGUUAUGAACUAGUCCUUUUCUAAUGGUGCUUCUGUUUGAGAAUUCAGUUAUGUUUUGAGAAUUCAGUUGGGGGAGGGACGAUAAUAAAAUGGCAGUCUGUGUCCAAACCAGUGUAGGUAUAGAGAAAGUCCUAUAUGAAAUUGGGUUAUUAUUCUUGCUGGAAAUACACAACACACUCUUCACUGUCCCCUCCGCACCAGUUAGCACUUACCACUUACACUGUCAGUAACCUGUUAAAUCAGGAUUUGACUCAUACACUGAAUUUUCAGGAUUUUAUCUCAAGCAAUUAUCGACACUAACCUUGAUAGUGGUACAUUAGAGGAUUCUUAUUCUUUCAUUGUACAAUAACGCCUUUAAUAUGAAAUGGUACAUUAUUUAUAAUGGGUAUAGUUAAUGUAUCUUUUUAUAGAUGUAAGUAAACAGAGGUGGUAUAUUUAACCUUCUGUAAUAUACUGUAUUUAGAAAUGGAAGUCUAUAUAGGAUUAGAUUUCACUUCUUUGAAGGUUUACUCCUGUGGUACGGUUUAAAAAUCUUUUGGCCUGGGGAUUCUGAUCCUAACUGCAGAUUGUGUUAACAAUGCAACAACCUUAAAAUAAAGCUGGAUAUUUGAGAAA